AUGUCGGGCUAUGCGCGCCGCCCGGGCCUCUCCCCGCUGUCCCGGGCGCGCAGCCUCGUCAUUCCGGACGCGGCGGCGUUCUCCGAGCGCCGGGCCGGGCUCCCCCAGCUCGACUGUGAGCGCCCCCGCGGCGGGGACCCGGACCCCCGCCUCUUCGGCUUUCGGCCGACGUUUAUGUGCUAUGUGCCCAGCCCGGUGCUCGCCUCGGUGGGAGACACAGAUUUUAUCUACGGAAAGGGGAAGGGCACUAAGCCAGGCCCACCAGGAGCCCAGCAGAUACACUUUGGAGAUGAGAAGCUUGCGGACCUGGAGGAGGCAAACCCGUUCUCCUUUAAAGAGUUCCUGAAAACCAAGAACCUCAGCCUGCUGAAGGAGGGCGCGGCCAACAGCAGGCUCCACGCGCAGGAAGCCACGAGGCACUCGCUGGGCCUGGACUGCGGCUCUCCGCCCGCCCAGGCCAUGGGCUUCGGCCUGGAGUUCCAGCAGCCGUUCUUCGAGGACCCGACGGGGGCUGGCGACCUCCUGGACGAGGAUGAGGACGAGGACGAGGACGGCUGGCAUGGCGCCUACCUGCCGUCCACCAUGGAGCAGACCCACGCGAGGGGCCCGGCCAGCGCGUCGCCCAGCAGCACGUACAUCUCCUUCUUCUCCAGCCCCUCGGAGCUGGCCGGGCCCGAGUCCCUGCCCCCGUGGACGCUGAGCGACUCCGACUCCCGCCUCUCCCCUGCGGCGAGCCCCGGGGCAGACUUCGCCGGCCACGGAGAGUGCCUGGGGGACAGGCACCUUCGGACGCUGCAGAUGAGCUACGAAGCACUGAAGGACGAGAACUCGAAGCUCAGGAGGAAGCUGACAGAGGUGCAGAGCUUCUCGGAGACGCAAACCGAGAUGGUGAGGACGCUGGAGCGGAAGUUGGAAGCCAAAAUGAUCAAGGAGGAGAGUGACUACCACGACCUGGAGUCCGUGGUCCAGCAGGUGGAGCAGAACCUGGAGCUGAUGACCAAACGUGCGGUGAAGGCGGAGGCUCACGUCAUGAAACUGAAACAAGACAUAAGCUUGCUCCAGGCGCAGGUCUCCAACUUCCGGAGGGAGAAUGAGGCCCUGCGCUCGGGCCAGGGCGCCAGCCUGACAGUGGUGAAGCAGAACACGGACGUGGCCCUGCAGAACCUGCGCGUGGUCAUGAGCAACGCGCACACCUCCAUCAAGCAGCUGGUUUCCGGAGCCGAAACGCUGAACCUUGUUGCUGAGAUCCUUAAGUCUAUAGACAGAAUCUCUGAGAUCAAGGAAGUUGGGGAGGAGGAGUCUUGA